UCUGCUGCAUACGAGGGAAUUCGGGCAGAAAUGAUCGAUUGUGCUCAGGUAAUUCUUAUGCUUGAAGCACCAUUCACCAAAUACUAUUUGCUAGUCAAACAGGAAUUUACCUGGAAAAAGAAAUCCUUUGCUAAAGCUUCGGCUCAACUUAUUGACUUGCCAAUGUCUCUUGGUCGCAAAUCCUCCAUACUUGAAAUACCCAUCGCAAUACUUGCAUCGACAGGCACUGAAAUGACGACUGUUCUCUCAGAGGAUACUGGAAUUCAGAUUGUUGAUAUGAAGGACCUAGAGGAAGUGGUGAUUCAGUAUGGUGAUGAAGUCUAUAUUGCUGAUGUUACAGCUUCUAAACCAAAAUAUAUUGGUGAUAGCUAUGGCCAUACCUGUGAAUGUGGUCGUCAAUACACGGUCGGUGAACUAGAACGACAACUAAUUUCAAUAGAAUCUGGUGCAUUUGGAGCGUUACAUCGCGUAAGUUCUCAAUUGUCAACAAAUAAGCCCUUACGACAUAGAACCACAACCUUCAAUACGUUCAGUUCUCAAGACAGAGCUGCUGCAGAAACAUCCAGAAUUACCUCUGCCCACAUUGUUUAUGAAUCAUACUACAUUUCUUGCGAGGCUGUUGGAAUAGAGGCUGGUUGUGAGGUGAGACUAUUCAAUGGACACCAGACUUUCAAGNCUAUAAAGACCUGUGAAUGUGGUCGUCAAUACACGGUCGGUGAACUAGAACGACAACUAAUUUCAAUAGAAUCUGGUGCAUUUGGAGCGUUACAUCGCGUAAGUUCUCAAUUGUCAACAAAUAAGCCCUUACGACAUAGAACCACAACCUUCAAUACGUUCAGUUCUCAAGACAGAGCUGCUGCAGAAACAUCCAGAAUUACCUCUGCCCACAUUGGUGAGCGUGGAAGACAUUUCACAUUCACAGAACUCAGUAACCCACCUGCUAUCACUUCUCAAUAUUCACCAUCGCAAGGUCUUUAG